AUGCUGCGGGAGGAAGCCAGGUUGGAGCCCAUGGACUCGGGCAGUGGGCAGCAGGGGCUGUGCUGGGCCUUCUUGGCCAUGGAGCGCCCCAGGCCCUGGGGUGUGGUGCACAGGUCCCAGGUCCGCCCUCGCUCCUUUACCCUCAUUGUGGAGGCCUGGGACUGGGACAAUGACACCACUCCAGAUGCCGUGUGCAAGCAAGGAUGUAACCUGCUCCACGGGGGCUGCGCCGUGCCCGGGGAGUGCAGGUGCAGCUACGGCUGGCAGGGGCGAUUCUGUGAUGAGUGUGUCCCGUACCCUGGCUGUGUGCAUGGCAGCUGCGUGGACCCCUGGCAGUGCAACUGCGAGACCAACUGGGGUGGCCUGCUCUGCAACAAAGACCUGAACUACUGCGGCAGCCACCACCCCUGCAUCAACGGGGGCACGUGCAUCAACGCCGAGCCCGACCGGUACCACUGCGCCUGCCCCGACGGCUACUCGGGCAAGAACUGUGAGCGGGCUGAGCACGCCUGUGCCUCCAACCCAUGUGCCAAUGGGGGCUCUUGUCACGAGGUGCCCUCCGGGUUCGAGUGCCACUGCCCGUCAGGCUGGAGCGGGCCCACCUGUGCGCUUGACAUCGACGAGUGCGCCUCCAGCCCGUGCGCGGCAGGGGGCACCUGUGUGGACCAGGUGGACGGCUUCGAGUGCAUCUGCCCCGAGCAGUGGGUGGGGGCCACCUGCCAGCUGGACGCCAAUGAAUGUGAAGGGAAGCCGUGCCUUAAUGCUUUUUCUUGCAAAAACCUGAUUGGUGGCUAUUACUGUGAUUGCAUUCCGGGCUGGAAGGGCGUCAACUGCCAUAUCAACGUCAGCGACUGCCGUGGGCAGUGUCAGCAUGGUGGCACCUGCAAGGACCUGACGCCCGGCUACCAGUGUGUGUGCCCGCGGGGCUUCGGUGGCAGGCACUGUGAGCUGCAGCUGAACUCGUGUACCAGCAGCCCCUGUCACGGUGGCCUCUGCGAGGACCUGGUGGACGGCUUCCACUGCCACUGCCCCAAGGGCACCUCCGGGCCACUGUGCGAGGUAGACAUAGACUUCUGCGAGCCCAGCCCCUGCCAGAACGGGGCCCGCUGCUACAACCUGGAGGGCGAUUAUUACUGUGCAUGCCCCGACGACAUGGGCGGCAAGAACUGCUCUGUGCCCAGGGAGCCGUGUCCGGGCGGGGCUUGCAGAGACAUCGACGACUGUCUGGGGCAGCCGUGUCGCAAUGGGGGCACGUGCAUCGACGAGGUGGACGCCUUCCGCUGCUUCUGCCCCAGCGGCUGGGAGGGCGAGCUCUGCGACACCAAUCCCAACGACUGCCUCCCCGAUCCCUGCCACAGCCGCGGCCGCUGCUACGACCUGGUCAAUGAUUUCUACUGCGCAUGUGACGAUGGCUGGAAGGGCAAGACCUGCCACUCGCGCGAGUUCCAGUGCGACGCGUACACCUGCAGCAAUGGCGGCACGUGCUAUGACAGCGGGGACACCUUCCGCUGCGCCUGCCCCCCGGGCUGGAAGGGCAGCACCUGCACCAUCGCCAAGAAUAGUAGCUGCCUGCCCAACCCCUGCGUGAAUGGGGGCACGUGCGUGGGCAGCGGGGACUCGUUCUCCUGCAUCUGCCGGGACGGCUGGGAGGGCCGCACCUGCACGCACAAUACGAACGACUGCAACCCCCUGCCUUGCUACAACGGUGGCGUCUGCGUCGAUGGCAUCAACUGGUUUCGCUGCGAGUGUGCUCCCGGCUUCGCGGGUCCCGAUUGCCGCAUCAACAUCGACGAGUGCCAGUCCUCGCCUUGUGCCUACGGGGCCACGUGUGUGGACGAGAUCAACGGCUAUCACUGCAGCUGUCCGCCAGGCCGGACCGGCUCGCGGUGCCAGGAUGUGAUUGGCUUUGGGAGGCCUUGCUGGUCGCAGGGAGUGCCCUUCGCGCACGGGAGCUCCUGGGUGGAAGACUGCAACAGCUGUCGCUGUGUGGACGGCCGCCGGGACUGCAGCAAGGUGUGGUGUGGGCGUAAGCCUUGCCUGCUGGCCGGCCGGCCCGACACCCUCAGUGCCCAGUGCCCGCCAGGGCAGCGGUGCCAAGAGAAGGCCCCGGGCCAGUGCCUGCAGCCUCCCUGCGCGGCCUGGGGGGAGUGUGGCACGGAGGAGCCCCUGCUCCCCAGCACCCUGUGCCUGCCGCGCUCCAGCCACCUGGACAACAACUGUGCCCGCCUCACGUUGCACUUCAACCGUGACCAGGUGCCCCAGGGCACCACUGUGGGCGCCAUCUGCUCUGGGAUCCGCGCCCUGCCGGCCACGAGGGCGGUGGCCCGGGACCACUUGCUGGUGCUGCUCUGUGACCGGCCGUUCUCAGGGGCCAGCGCGGUCGAGGUGGCUGUGUCUUUCAGCCCCGCGAGGGACCUGCCCGACAGCAGCCUGAUCCAGAGCACAGCUCACGCCAUUGUGGCCGCCAUCACUCAGCGGGGCAAUAGCUCGCUACUCUUGGCUGUCACCGAGGUCAAAGUGGAGACCGUCGUCGUGGGCAGCUCCUCCGUGGGUCUGCUGGUGCUGGUGCUGUGCAGCGUGUUCAGCGUGCUGUGUCUGGCGUGCGUGGUCAUCUGCGUGUGGUGGACCCGCAAGCGCAGGAAAGAGCGGGAGAGGAGCCGGCUGCCACAGGAGGAGAGUGCCAACAACCAGUGGGCCCCCCUGAACCCCAUCCGCAACCCCAUCGAGCGGCUGGGUGGCGGCGGCCUGUGUGGGGGCCACAAAGAUGUGCUUUACCCAUGCAAGAACUUCACAGCCCCGCGCAGGGUGGGCGAGGCGCUGCCCGGGCCUGCAGGCCACAGGGAAGGCGGGGAGGAGGAGGAGGAGGAGUCCGGCCACGGCGAGGGAGACUGCCUGGAAGCCGAGAAGUUCCUCUCGCACAAAUUCACCAAAGACCCUAGCUGCUCCCCCGGGAGGCCGGCCUGCUGGGCCUCGGGCCCCAAAGUGGACAACCGUGCGGUCAGGAGCGUCAAUGACUUACGCCACGCCGGCAAGGAGUAGGGCAGGGGCCAGCAGCUGGGCCGGGACCCAGGACCCUUCACCGGGCGCCACGCCACCCGCCGGACCAUAGGAGGCCGAGGCCGUGUGCAUAGUUUCUUUAUUUUGUGUAAAAAACACCAAAAACCAAAAACAAAUGUUUAUUUUCUACGUUUCUUUAACCUUGUAUAAAUUAUUCGAGGACUGUCAGGCGGGAAACAAUGGAGUAUUCUCGGGUAGUUGCUAUUUUUGUAACGUUUGUGUGUGUCACACUCACGUGGCAGGAGAGAGCGGAGGGUGUGUGUGUCCUCGCCAGCUCGUUUGUGGCCAGACGUGGUGCACUGUUUACAGAAUCUUCCUCAUUAUUCCUCAUUUGGCGUUCUCAGUGGCUCCAGGCCAAAGAGCCAGUGGGACACAUGGCUGUUGGCGUGGCCCAUGGCAUUGGUGGGACCCAUGGCUGUCAGUGUGGCCUGUGGCGUUUGGUGGGACAACCCAAGGCUACUGGCGUGGCCCAUGGCAUGGGUGGGACCCGUGGCUGACAGAGUGGCCCGUGGCCGUCGGUGGGACCCCCUGUGGCUGACAGCACAGCCCACGGUCGUCGGUGUGGCCUGAGGCCGUUGGUGGGACCUGUGGAGUGUGGCAUGGCCCGUGGCUGUCGGUGGCACCUGUGGUGGUCAGUGGGGCUUGAGGUCCUCGCAGGGGCCCGCAGCGUUCGGCACGGCCCCGAGGCCCGCGGGCAGACCCUGGCUGGCUCGCCGGCCGGUCCCUUCCGCCCGCUGUCCUGGCCUGCUCCCGCCUGGAGCACCCGCUGUAGAGAUCUUUCAACUGUGUUUCCGGAAGUGCCCUUCCCGACUGCUCUGUUCUCCCCGGGACGGGGGCAGUAUCGAAGCUCGUGACAAGUGCCUUCACACAGACCCUCCCCUCGCAACUGUCAGCGUUUGCCGUGGGCUCUGGGCCGCUGCCCACCUGCUGGCCCCGGCCCCCUCCUUGUGAAAGUGCGUUUUUGUAAAUAUGUACAUAUUAAAUGAAUCACUCUGUAUAUUUGAUUUAAUAACUUAAACGUUUUGGCCUUCCUUGUU